AUUCGGGUUCAAUAGUCAGCCCUAGCAAGCUUACACGUAGGAGUUUCUUUCUCCUUUACACCAACAUAGAAUGUGUCCCCAUUCCCUGCACAUAUAUAUAUACCGCCAUCCCUUUAUUUCAUUACAUUUUAGAUUCCUCUCUCUCUCUUCUUUCUCUCUCUUGUUUCUCUCUCCUGUUUCUCUCUCUAGAAAUGAGAAUGAGCUGCAAUGGGUGCAGAGUUCUCCGCAAAGGGUGCAGUGAAGACUGCACACUCAGGCCUUGUCUCGAAUGGAUUAAAUCACCUGAAUCACAAGCCAACGCCACCCUCUUUCUUGCCAAAUUCUACGGCCGAGCAGGUCUCGUCAACCUCAUCAAUGCCGGCGCCGCCGAUCUCCGCCCUGAAAUUUUCAGGUCACUUCUGUAUGAAGCCUGUGGAAGAAUAAUCGACCCGGUGUACGGGUCGGUCGGAAUGAUGUGCUCCGGCAAUUGGCCGCGAUGCCAGGCGGCGGUGGAGGCGGUUUUGAGAGGCGCUCCGAUUAUGAAGCAUGAUGAUUCUUCUUCUACCGCCGCCGCCGCUCGGGCCGGCGAGGAGUACCCGAUCUCACCACUUCAGAGCUGCGACAUCCGCCACCUAUCCAAGGACUCCUCCACCGCCGCCGCCUCCCUCCACCGUGUCAGGACCCGGAACCGCUUCAAGCGCUCCGCCUCUCAGGCGAAAAACCAGGUUAACUCCCUCGUCGCCGAUUUUGAUCUAAUCGAGCCAGAAGAUAAGUUCACCAUCACAGGAUGGGAGCACGGUGAAGAAGAAGAAGAAGAUCAGAAAGAUUUCAUUGAGCAGCUGAAAAGGGCACCGAGUCAUGACUCGGUCUCUGUUGAAACAGUCGAGCCGAGUUUGAUGAACCGGGUUGAACAGCCGGUUCGGUGCGUCCUCAAACAGGAACCUGACCAUGAGAUCGGGCUGGAGUUGACCCUGGGCCGUGAUCCAGUGCUGCACGCUUAUUUCUGAUAGCGAAGCGUGACAAAUUAAAUUGCAGAAAUUUAAAUCCAAUUUUGGAGGAGCCAGUCA